AUGGAUGCAUCGGGGCCCAGCCCCGGUGGGGGCUUCGGCAUCACUGUUGAGGAGCUGCGAAACCUCAUGGAACAUCGAGCACAGGAAGGUCUGGACCUAGUAAACAACAAGUAUGGUGGAGUUCAUGAGUUGUGCAAACUGUUGAAAACCUCAGCCACCACCGGUCUGGAUGAGUCGGAUUUGGAUCUUCGGCGGAAAGUGUUUGGCUCUAACGUCAUUCCGCCAAAACCACCCAAAAGUUUCCUGCGGCUGGUCUGGGAGGCCCUGCAGGACGUCACGCUCAUCAUUCUCAUCGUCGCUGCCAUCAUCUCUCUAGGAUUAUCAUUUUACAAACCACCAAAGGAAGAUAAUGCAAACAUUAGAGAAGAGGAUACAUAUGAAGCAGAGCAGGGUAGCUUUGAGGAGGCUGCUGGGUGGAUUGAUGGGUUGGCCAUCUUGGUGGCUGUGGUGGUUGUGGUGAUGGUGACAGCUUUCAAUGACUGGAGUAAAGAGAGGCAGUUCCGUGGCCUUCAGAACCGCAUUGAGAUUGAGCAUAAGUUUGCCACCAUCCGCAGGGGAGUGGUGGAUCCCAGUGAUCUGUUACCUGCUGAUGGCAUUAUCAUCCAGAGUAAUGACCUCAAAGUUGAUGAGAGUUCACUGACUGGAGAGUCUGACCAUGUCAAGAAGGGAGAGAACAGGGACCCCAUGCUGCUGUCAGGAACUCAUGUGAUGGAAGGCAGCGGCAAGAUGCUAGUUGUGGCUGUUGGACCCAACUCCCAGACUGGCAUUAUCUUUGCUCUUCUCAACGAGUCCUCUGAAGAAGCUCAUGAUAAGAAGAAGAAAAAGAAGGACGGAGAAGAUAAAGAAGCCG